AAUCGCUGCUUAAGAGACCCCGGAGUCGGGCGCUCGCUCGGAGCCAGGCCGCGUCCGCCAUAGUGCCUGGCUUGGAGGUGUCGCCUGUGCCUGGUGAGGGCCCGAGAGCGCGGGGGGGCAGAACAAAAAGGGAGCCGGCGAAGCCCUUGCCGUCGCCCGGCGCCUUCCGGGCGUAUUCUCGCGAUUCUGGGCCGAAAGGCGACGGGAGCGAGAGGCGAGAGAAGCGCGGAGCCCACGGCGAGAGGAAGCGUCGGGGAGCCUCAGCGGCGUCGCCAGGGUCCGCCAAGCCCCCCGGCCGCUGGCUGGGGCCCGGGGUGGUGAGGAAGUGCUUCGAGGCCUAGUUGAGGCCUAGCCCCGGCUUUGUGUCUGAGGCGGCGGCGGCGGCGGCGGCGGCGGGGGGGAGGCGGAGCCGGAGCCGGGGGCGGCCUGCGGGAAGGCCUCUCCUCCGCCGACCGCGCGUUUUCGGCCUAGGCCGCGGGGCCGCGCGGGCCUCCGGGGAGCAGGCGACAGGGGUUUGUGUGCGGUGGGGGCCUGGGCCUGGGGAAGCCGCCGCCCGUCGUCCGGAAGCCAGGAGGAGGCGAGAGGCCGCUCGUGGACUCCGGGCCUGACCCUCUCCCCUCAACCUCCUCCCGGGGCCUGGGUCACCCCGAUCCACGGAAAGAGAGACCAGCUGGGAGGUGCGGCCGCGCUAUGGACCCCUGACCCCGCGGGGUCAUUUGGACUCUAACGUGUGGACUGACCGCUCACUGACUGCACCGCCUGCCCCCCGUCUCCGGCCGGCCUUUAGCAUGAGCGAGGGGGACCCAGCCGGGUGACAUUGUGCCCGUUGGCGGAUUCUCGAUUUCCCCUUCCCCGGUCCUCGUCCACCUUCUCCCACAUGAAGUGAUUCUGAGUCUCGGGGGGGGUCUGGAUUAUUGUUUUUACGAACCCCUGCUUGUAGUUGGGGUGGGUAUUUAAUCUGAGGCCUUAGGGUCCUUCGGUGUCUUUGAGUGUUUUGUGUGUGUACAUAUUUGCUCUUAAGUUUAUAAAUAUACAUAUAUUGAGAGUGUCCACGUCUCCUCGCUGAACCUUAGGAAUCCUUUGGCACCAUGUCCUGUGUGCAUUAUAAGUUUUCCUCUAAACUCAACUAUGAUACCGUCACCUUUGAUGGGCUCCACAUCUCCCUCUGCGACUUAAAGAAGCAGAUUAUGGGGAGAGAGAAGCUGAAAGCUGCCGACUGCGACCUGCAGAUCACCAACGCGCAGACGAAAGAAGAAUAUACUGAUGAUAAUGCUCUCAUUCCUAAGAAUUCAUCUGUAAUUGUUAGAAGAAUUCCUAUUGGAGGUGUCAAAUCUACAAGCAAGACAUAUGUUAUAAGUCGAACUGAACCAGUGAUGGGAACUUCAAAAGCAAUUGAUGACUCUUCUGCGUCUAUUUCUCUGGCCCAGCUUACAAAGACUGCCAAUCUGGCUGAAGCCAAUGCUUCUGAAGAAGAUAAAAUUAAAGCAAUGAUGUCGCAAUCUGGCCAUGAAUACGACCCAAUCAAUUACAUGAAGAAACCUCUAGGUCCACCGCCUCCAUCUUAUACCUGUUUUCGUUGUGGUAAACCUGGCCAUUAUAUUAAGAAUUGCCCAACAAAUGGGGAUAAGAAUUUUGAAUCUGGUCCUAGAAUUAAAAAGAGCACUGGAAUUCCCAGAAGUUUUAUGAUGGAAGUGAAAGAUCCUAACAUGAAAGGUGCAAUGCUUACCAACACUGGAAAAUACGCAAUACCAACUAUAGAUGCAGAAGCAUAUGCAAUUGGGAAGAAAGAAAAACCACCUUUCUUACCAGAGGAACCAUCGUCGUCUUCAGAAGAAGAUGAUCCUAUCCCAGAUGAAUUGUUGUGUCUCAUCUGCAAAGAUAUUAUGACUGAUGCCGUUGUCAUUCCCUGCUGUGGAAACAGUUAUUGUGAUGAAUGUAUAAGAACAGCACUCUUGGAAUCAGAUGAACAUACAUGUCCAACAUGUCAUCAAAAUGAUGUCUCUCCUGAUGCUUUAAUCGCCAAUAAAUUCUUACGACAGGCUGUUAAUAAUUUCAAAAAUGAAACUGGUUACACGAAAAGACUACGAAAACAGUUACCCCCACCACCACCCCCAAUACCACCUCCAAGACCACUCAUUCAGCGGAACCUACAACCUCUGAUGAGAUCUCCAAUAUCAAGACAACAGGAUCCUCUGAUGAUUCCAGUGACAUCUUCCUCAACUCACCCAGCUCCUCCUUUAUCUUCAUUAACUUCUACUCAGUCUGCCUUGGCCCCUCCUGGGCCUGGAAAUCCAUCUUCUACCCCAGCUCCUGUACCUGAUAUAACUGCAACAGUCUCCAUAUCAGUCCACUCCGAAAAAUCAGAUGGACCUUUCCGGGAUUCUGAUAAUAAAUUAUUGCCAGCUGCAGCCCUUGCAUCAGAACAUUCAAAGGGAACCUCUUCAAUUGCAAUUACUGCUCUUAUGGAAGAGAAGGGUUACCAGGUGCCUGUACUUGGAACCCCUUCUUUGCUUGGGCAGUCAUUAUUGCAUGGACAAUUGAUCCCUACAACUGGUCCAGUAAGAAUAAAUACGGCUCGUCCAGGUGGUGGUCGACCAGGUUGGGAACAUUCCAACAAGCUUGGAUAUCUUGUUUCUCCACCACAGCAAAUUAGAAGAGGAGAGAGGAGCUGCUACAGAAGUAUAAACCGUGGACGGCACCACAGCGAAAGAUCACAGAGAACUCAAGGCCCAUCACUACCAGCAACUCCAGUUUUUGUACCUGUCCCACCCCCUCCUUUGUAUCCGCCUCCUCCCCAUACACUUCCUCUCCCUCCAGGUGUUCCUCCACCACAGUUUUCUCCCCAGUUUCCUCCUGGCCAGCCACCACCUGCUGGGUAUAGUGUCCCUCCUCCAGGGUUUCCUCCAGCUCCGGCCAAUUUAUCAACAUCUUGGGUAUCAUCAGGAGUGCAGACAGCUCAUUCAAAUACCAUCCCAACAACACAAGCACCACCUUUGUCCAGGGAAGAAUUCUAUAGAGAGCAACGGCGACUAAAAGAAGAGUCUAAAUCUCCCUAUAGUGGUUCAUCAUAUUCAAGAAGUUCAUAUACCUAUUCUAAAUCAAGAUCUGGUUCAACACGCUCACGUUCUUACUCUCGAUCAUUUAGCCGCUCACACUCCCGCUCCUAUUCACGAUCACCUCCGUACCCCAGAAGAGGCAGAGGCAAGAGUCGAAAUUACCGUUCACGGUCUAGAUCUCAUGGAUAUCAUCGAUCUAGGUCAAGGUCACCCCCAUAUAGACGAUAUCAUUCACGGUCAAGAUCUCCUCAAGCAUUUAGGGGGCAGUCUCCCAGUAAACGUACUGUACCUCAAGGGGAAACAGAACGUGAAUAUUUCAAUAGAUACAGAGAAGUUCCACCACCUUAUGACAUGAAAGCUUAUUAUGGGAGGAGUGUUGACUUUAGAGACCCAUUUGAAAAAGAGCGUUACCGAGAAUGGGAGAGAAAAUACAGAGAGUGGUAUGAAAAAUAUUACAAAGGUCUUGCUGCUGGAGCACAGCCUAGACCAUCAGCAAAUAGAGAGAACUUUUCUCCAGAGAGAUUUUUACCACUUAAUAUCAGGAAUUCUCCCUUCACAAGAGGCCGCAGAGAAGAUUAUUCUGGUGGACAAAGUCAUAGAAGUCGAAACAUAGGCAGCAGCUAUCCAGAAAAGCUUUCAACAAGAGACAGUCACAAUCAGAAGGAUAACACAAAGUCAAAAGAGAAGGAGAGUGAAAAUGCUCCAGGAGAUGGUAAAGGAAAUAAACAUAAGAAACAUAGAAAAAGAAGAAAAGGGGAAGAAAGUGAAGGCUUUCUGAACCCAGAGUUAUUAGAAACUUCUAGGAAAUCCAGAGAACCUACAAGUGGUGAAGAAAAUAAAACAGACUCAUUGUUUGUUCUCCCAAGUAGAGAUGAUGCUACACCUGUUAGAGAUGAACCGAUGGAUGCAGAAUCCAUCACUUUUAAAUCAGUGUCUGAAAAAGACAAGAGAGAAAAAGAUAAACCAAAAGCAAAAGGUGACAAGACCAAACGGAAAAAUGAUGGAUCUGCUGUAUCCAAAAAAGAAAAUGUUGUAAAACCUGCUAAAGGUCCCCCAGAAAAACUAGAUGGAGAGCGUGAAAAAUCUCCUCGAUCUGAACCUCCGCUUAAAAAAGCCAAAGAGGAGACUCCAAAGACUGACAACGCUAAAUCAUCAUCUUCCUCUCAAAAAGACGAAAAGGUCAUUGGUACCCCCAGAAAAGCUCACUCAAAGUCAGCAAAAGAACACCAAGAGACAAAACCAGUCAAAGAGGAAAAAGUGAAGAAGGACUAUUCCAAAGACAUCAAAUCAGAAAAGCCAACUAGUAAGGAAGAAAAGGCCAAGAAGCCUAAUGAGAAAAGUAAGCCACUCGAUAGCAAAGGAGAAAAAAGAAAACGAAAAACUGAAGAAAAAGGUGUAGAUAAAGAUUUUGAGUCAUCUUCAAUGAAAAUCUCUAAACUAGAAGUAACUGAAAUGGUGAAACCAUCACCAAAGCGCAAAAUGGAACCUGAUAUUGAAAAGAUGGAUAGGACCCCUGAGAAAGACAAAAUUUCGUCAUCAACUGCCCCAGCCAAAAAAAUCAAGCUCAACAGAGAAACUGGUAAAAAAAUUGGAAGUACAGAAAAUAUAUCUAAUACAAAAGAACCCUCUGAAAAAUUGGAGUCAACAUCUAGCAAAGUGAAACAAGAAAAAGUCAAAGGAAAGGUCAGACGAAAAGUAACUGGAACUGAAGGAUCCAGCUCAACUCUUGUGGAUUAUACCAGUACGAGCUCUACUGGAGGCAGUCCUGUGCGGAAAUCUGAGGAAAAAACAGAUACAAAGCGAACUGUCAUUAAAACUAUGGAAGAAUAUAAUAAUGACAAUACAGCUCCUGCUGAAGAUGUUAUCAUUAUGAUUCAGGUUCCUCAAUCCAAAUGGGAUAAAGAUGACUUUGAAUCUGAAGAAGAAGAUGUUAAAUCCACACAACCUAUAGCAAGUGUAGGAAAACCCACCAGUGUUAUAAAAAAUGUUAGCACUAAACCGUCAAAUACUGUCAAGUAUACUGAAAAAGAAAGUGAGCCGUCAGAGAAAAUUCAGAAACUCACCAAGGAAGUGAGUCAUGAAAUUAUACAGCAUGAGGUCAAAAGUUCAAAAAACUCUGCAUCUAGUGAAAAAGGGAAAACCAAAGAUCGAGAUCAUUCAGUGUUGGAAAAGGAAAACCCUGAAAAGAGGAAGAACAGCACUCAGCCAGAGAAAGAUACUAAUUUGGACCGUCUGAAUGAACAAGGAAAUUUUAAAAGUCUGUCUCAAUCUUCCAAAGAGACCAGAACUUCAGAUAAGCAUGAGUCCACUCGAGGUUCCUCAAAUAAAGACUUCACUCCCAAUAGAGACAAAAAAACCGACUAUGACAACAGAGAGUAUUCAAGUUCCAAACGUAGAGAUGAAAGGAAUGAAUUAACAAGAAGAAAAGACUCUCCUCCUCGGAGUAAAGAUUCUACAUCUGGACAGAAAAGUAAGCCAAGGGAGGAGAGAGAUUUGCCUAAAAAAGGAGCAGGAGAUUCCAAAAAAAGUAAUUCUAGUCCUUCAAGAGACAAAAAACCACCGCAUGAUCACAAAGCUACUUAUGAUACUAAACGCUCAAGUGAAGAGACAAAACCUGUAGAUAAAAAUCCUUGUAAGGAUCGUGAGAAACAUAUAUUAGAAGCAAGGAACAAUAAAGAGUCAAGUGGCAAUAAAUUACUUUAUAUACUUAACCCACCAGAUCCACAGAUUGAAAAAGAGCAAGUUGCUGGACAAAUUGACAAGAAUGCUGUCAAGCCUAAACCCCAGUUAAGUCACUCCUCUCGACUUUCUUCUGAUUUGACUAGAGAAACUGAUGAAGCUGCUUUUGAACCAGACUAUAAUGAAAGUGACAGUGAAAGCAAUGUAUCUGUAAAAGAGGAAGAAACUUCAGGAAAAAUUUCUAAGGAACUGAAAGAUAAAGUAAUGGAAAAACCAAAAGAGAGCCUGGAUACUGCAGCAGUCAGUCAAAUAGGCGUGAACAGGAGCCAGAGUCAAAGUAGUCCCAGUGUUAGCCCAAGUAGAAGUCAUAGCCCUUCUGGAAGCCAAACCCGAAGCCACAGUAGCAGUGCCAGCUCUGCAGAAAGUCAGGACAGCAAGAAGAAGAAGAAGAAGAAGGAAAAGAAAAAACACAAGAAACAUAAAAAACAUAAGAAGCAUAAGAAGCAUGCAGGCACUGAAGCAGAAUUGGAAAAAAGCCAAAAACACAAACACAAGAAAAAGAAGUCAAAGAAGAGCAAAGAUAAAGAAAAAGAGAAGGAGAAAGAUGACCAAAAAGUGAAAUCUGUCACCGUGUAGAAGGACAGAUUUUAAAAAAUUGACUUAAUUACUAAGUCAUCUGUAUUAAAUUUUGUUAUAAUGUAAAGAGAUUGAAGCCUUGUAAAUAGUGAUAUGGGAGACCCUGUGCUGCACUUAAAAUAUUGCUGCUUGAUUAUUUGAUUUUUACAUCAGAGCUUUAUAACACGAACUUUUGUACAGAAUUGUGAGUUGUGACCAUGUAACAUGAGAGGUUUUGCUAGGGCCUAUUAUUUUUAACCACCAUUAAUUAGUUGGGGUGGAGUUUACUGUACUGUGAAAUUUUCACAUUUGAAUUUUUUUAAUUGCCUGGCAAAAGCUGAUAUCAGUUCUAAAAUAUCAGCAGAAUGAUUUGCUGAAUUCAUUACAACCCCGUUAUGUCACUUUUUGAUUACAAUAAAAGUUUUCAGUAAACUUUCAAA